AUGAAUGCUGACUGUGUCCACCUGAAAAGAUCGUUUGCGCAGGUAGCAACUUCGACUUCUUAUAUUCUCCCAGACGCUUCCGAAUGCUAUAGCUCGACUGCCCGCCUGGCUCGAUCGCUCGAAGCCGCAACUGACCGCGGACGGGCUCUUUCAACCAAACGCAGACUGGCGGCUUUCCCGAAUCUCAAGAUGCCCGUCCAAGCUGGCCCAUCGCUGGUUUCCCCUGCGCUAUCCCCAUUCGCCCGAGACUUGGGCGAUGCUGCACAUUCACGACGAGAAGACCAUCUCCAGCGAUACACACAGCCUCUGCCACAGCCCCAACCAGGCUCUUUCGCGGUGGAUCCCCCCAUUUCUUUCGAGCAUCGUGAAAGCAUAUCCUCUGCCCUAUCUGAAUCCACUGGGUCUUCACCCACCACUACUAUAUCGACCUUCGAUACCCCUUCAGUAACCGACACCUCGCCGAGUUCUUCGCCUGAGUCGCCCUCUGCACUGCCAAUAUCCUACCCCAAGCAGAUGAUAUUGCCCGACAUUUCCGAAACAGUUGCUAUGCAUCCAGUGGUUGGCAACACUCCAUCCGUACCAGCCAAUCCAAUGGAGGCGCCGAUCCGAGCUCCAUCUCCUGGAAGGAGGGCUCGAAAUCUAAAGAAUCUGUCUCUGAAGAUGCCAUGCACAUCAUCCCGCCCAGCAGUAUCCACGGCAUCUAUCAUGGAAACGACGUCUCAUCAAAAUUUCUCAGCGCCUCCUUCCCCUUCGCAUCGACCACUAAAAACUGGGCGUCGAAAGCCUGCCAACCUGACCAUCCGAACACCGGCCUCUGAUCAGUCGUUUGCUCGUAGCAUCACUGAAAUAAUCCCCCCGACACCAACCCUACAACGUUCGUUGCGCCACUUCGAGUCAUCGCCAUCUCUUGCCUCGAUUUUCUCUCCUACGACCGCCCCGCCAGGUGGAAUGCAAUUUCCGCGACCGUCUACACGUGAUGGAUUGCCCCCGAUGCCUGGCAGCUGGCAAGAUGACUCUCCCUCUGUUCCUUCACAGUCUGGUGCUGGUUUACAACAGGUCAUGGAAGAAGAUGACGAUUUAGACACACGCGAGUCUGCUAAACGGAGCGCGCAAAGCUAUCCCGAUGGCCCUAUCAAAAUAUAUGAUUCGGGCGUUUACCUCUAUCUAGAGCCCACACGGGCCGAGGCUUCCAAGUUCGAUGUCGUCGUCAAUGUAGCCAAGGAGGUCGUGAACCCUUUUGCCGACGAGAUGGAACGAUCAAACUCGGUUGUAUCAACAUUGAGGAAGCCAUUGUCUCUGGGCAAGCGAUUUUCUGUGUCUGAACCAUUGACCGCUAUUUCCGAGGCAUCUUUCCACUCUGCAUUCGAAGUUUUGCCGUCUGAUUCCGAUAGCCCCACCACACCAAAGGCCGAGAAUGAGACAUUACCGGAGUACAUACAUGUACCAUGGGACCACAAUUCCGAGAUCCUCGAAGAUCUAAUGCCCUUGUGUCAACUCGUUGAUGACCGGAUAUCUAAAGGCAAGAAUGUUUUAAUCCAUUGCCAACUGGGGGCUAGCCGAUCAGCCUCACUGGUCAUUGCAUAUGGUCUAUAUAAGAAUCGCAAUCACGACUUCAACGAUAUGUACAGCAUUGUCAAGAACAAGAGCUGCUGGGUUGGGCCCAACAUGAGCUUGAUCUAUCAAUUGACCGACUUCCGAUCUCGGUUACAGCGAAGUGAAGCACCCAAGCCUCUGAAUCCAGAGUGGUUCAAGACACAACCCCAGGCUCCUGUGUUUUCUUUGCCUUCUUUUCAAAAUACUACGCCAGAUCCGAUGGACACAACGGAGCCUCGGGCGAAGGAGAAGUUGGAGCCGUCAUUCCUCAGGGUGACCCCAUCUUACGAGCCGUCAAAUAAAUCACCAGACCGCAUCGUUAAAAACGGAGGCCCCCAACUUCGAAAAUCCAAGUCUGCAAUCCGAGUACGAGGUAUAUCUCCCCGGCCAUUGCCAUUGCGAGAAAAAUAUCAAGAUGGGCAAAAGGUCCAUACUUUCAAACAAGCCGAAAAACGCCCGCUUGGGCAUGCUCGAUAUCCUUCGGUUCAAAUGGACUUGGUGAUGAAGGACGUUCCAGCGUUACCGUCUAUCUUGUCACCGAGAGCGGCGCCAUAUAUAUGUUCAUCACUUUCUCGGACUCUUGCAGGUGAUUUGGCUGGAGAUGUACCCUCACAUUUCCCUGGGUUUGAACAUCAACAGCAACAACAACAGCAACAACAACAGCAACAACAACAAUUGCCUUUCGAUCCCCGAUCCCCAUCACAAAGGGGCGAGCUUCUGAUUACGAGAAGUAUCGACGAAGUUCUUUGA